GUCACGUGACGAAUAGUUUCAGUCAUGGCCGACGAGUACAGGCGACAAGGUUUCGAGUUGGAGAGAAGGAUAUUCGAGUUAGACAUCAAGUGUUCAAGCCUCCGAGCUGAAAAACAAGAUGAUGAUUAUUUACAGAAUGCGUCUGCCAUACUAGACAAAUUGAAAAGCUAUUACAGGCAUGGAGGGGAGAGUGGCAACCUUUCAAAGGUGCUGCAGGAUUACACACAGGUGAUCCUAGACAUCACAUUUUAUGAAGAGAAUAAGCUGGUGGAUCAGGAGUUUCCUGAGGACUGUUCACCGUUUAAAAUCCAGCAGCUGCUGCAAGACCUGACCGAGCCAGAAGUUUUGGCAGGGAGGCUAGCACCAGCACAAGAAGUGCAGUCUGUGUUGGGCUUGGAGCUGUUAGAAUGCCUCUAUUGGAGACGGGGAGCUCUGCUGUACAUGUACUGCCACACCCUUCACCAACGAAAACAGUGGAUCAAGAAAAACAAGGACACAUUCCUUAAGUGUAUUCAGGAAGGUGUGCGCUACCUGAUGCGGAUGCUGCAGGUGAGAAACUCUGUGAAGCUCAACGAUGGGGUGGUGCUCCAUGACCCUGCUACAGCAAGCUUCUUAUCUGAAGGCAUCUUCUCUGACACACACCUGUUGACGAUGAUGUACAUCGGGGAAAUGUGUUUCUGGGCGGUCAAGUAUGAGGAUUGCAGCGCUGACACAAUGGAUCGCAAAGAAGAUCGCCUUCAGUUUCGGGACAUUGGCACUCAGAUCCUCAACAAAUACGUGCUCGCCUGUGAGGGCCCGCUGCAGGGCCAGGGCUGGAACACAGAAAAUGCCAAGGAAAUCCUUAGUAUUUUACAGUGAAGCUAACUGCUGCUGUGUUGUAGUUGCCCUCAGGCACAGAUCUAAGUUCAGUAUUCAAGUGUGUGUCAACCCCAAAUAAAAAUGGAGCCUAUCAGGAGGGGUGUAAAGUUGUGGAAGGUUAAGGGGAGGCACGGAUAGGAAGAGUAUGUGAUGAAAAAGAGUCUAUGGAUCAGUGUCUACAGGCAACCUCAUCCCUUGCCAAACGGCACAGGCCAAAGCAGGCGAAUAUGAAAAGUAUAAGAUAGGUGGUGUAAAACUGGCAGGGGCUGCAGAGAAGGGUGUUGGUUGUUUUCUUUUUCUGUUUGUUUUUGUUUGUUUGCCAUGUCCUGCUGAAAAAAGCAGUUAUCAUCCUGAUUCCAGACUGUUGACUGGGGCACUUACUUUGCUCUGAGAAUGUGUUAUAAUAACAUUAAUAUGAGUAUAAAAAAGGUUAUUAAUACAAUUGACCUUUUUUCGUUUUUUAAUAAGAUUGUUACAAGUUUGAAGAUAAUCCAGCUGGAAAUAAGACAUUGCACAGUAACAUUUUAUUUAUUGUUUUUUUUUUUUUUUGCCAUUUUGUAAUGCUUUUAAUAUAUUAUAAUUGCAUAUACAUUAUAUAUGUAUGUGUGCAUAAAAAUAUAAACUCUAAAGGCAAAGAAAGUUGUUCAGAAACUAUUUGACAAUGAUGUAUUAAUAAUUGAAGUAUGUUCAUUUUUUUGUCAUACCGGCUUGUAAUGCACCACUUGUAUUCUCAUCUAUUGCAACUUCCAUUUUUCUUCCACUUGCGUUAUCUUGAUAGUACAACUAUUAAUACAGAAUCAAUGUUGUUUUUGCGAAAAAUCACUUUCUUUUUUUAUGUCGUCGUUGACAAUAAACACGCGCGUUGUUUUAAUUAA